AUGAUGUUGAUACAUCUUCAAACUCUGAUGAAAUGGAGAUCGCUCAUAACUUGUCAGCAACUUCUAGUAAUGAAUUUGAUGAAAGUCAGGAACAAACGAAACAAAAAAGCAAAGAAGAGAUUAUGGAAAUAAUAUUUGGCCGAGGUGUUGUACCAAGUACAAAUAGUAAAGAUGGUGAAACCGUGCAAAAUGGUGGCUUUCAAGUAUCUUAUUGUAGUGAUUAUGAUGAUGACCAAGAUAACAUGGAAGUUUCCACAGUGGAUUCCCCUAAAAAUAAUGAAGUCACUAAUUGUGUUAAUAAUAAUGUACAUAAGAGACAAAAACUGGACGAUUCAAGUAAAAUAAAUAUGUCCAAAAGCAAUGGUCGCAAGUCUAAUAAAAGAAGUAAUACAAAUAAUGUAGUUGAUUCUAAAUCAAGUUCAUCCAACAAGUCGGGUAUGCGAAUAAUUUAUUAUAUAAAAUUCAAUUUUAAAUUGUAUAUAUUGACACAUUUCUUAUUUGCAGAUGCAAAUACUGAAGAUACUAAUGAGGAUCUAUCAAAUAAAACUCUGUCUAAAAGUCGUAUUUCCAGAUCUUCUGCUUAUCAAACCCAAUGUUAUACAAAUGAAGAUUUGUAUAAGCCAAGACCAUCAUUCGGUAGUAGCCGUCGCCGAAAAGUUUCAGCAUUAUGAAAUUAUUUUAUCGAGUUGACUAUUUUUAUAUAAAUCUAUUACUAUACCAAUUAUGCUAAAACUAUUUUAAAUACAUAUGCUGUGAUAACACUGACAAUUUCAGGCUGCAUAUCUGAAAAUUUUAAAUUCUUGUGUUUUAU